AUGGCGGCCGCAAGAGUUAUAGCUAAGCCCAUCACCUCCACUUUACUCUCCAACUCGCCAUUGAGAGGGAAAACUCAAAGCUUAAGCUUUUGCCUCAAAAACAGCUCAUUAUUGGUGCAGAAAAGACGGCGCUUCACUUGCAGUGCUAUCUACAAUCCCCAAUUCCAAAUAAAGGAAGAAGGACAGCCCCAAACCCUCGAUUAUCGUGUCUUCUUUCUCGAUAAUUCCGGCAGAAAGAUUUCCCCUUGGCACGAUGUACCACUGCAAGUAGGUGAUGGUGUAUUCAAUUUCGUUGUUGAAAUUCCCAAAGAAUCUAGUGCAAAGAUGGAGGUUGCUACUGAUGAGCCAUUUACUCCCAUUAAGCAAGACACCAAGAAGGGAAAACUUCGAUAUUACCCAUACAACAUUAAUUGGAAUUAUGGAUUGCUCCCGCAAACAUGGGAAGACCCUUCAUUGGCGAACCCUGAAGUUGAGGGGGCAUUUGGAGACAAUGAUCCUGUUGACGUAGUUGAGAUUGGGGAAAGCCGAGCCAAAAUUGGGCAAAUUUUGAAAGUCAAGCCCUUGGCUGCUUUGGCAAUGAUUGAUGAGGGAGAACUUGAUUGGAAAAUAGUUGCAAUUUCAAUGGAUGAUCCAAAAGCUUCCCUAGUUAAUGACAUAAGUGGUGUUGAGAAGCAUUUCCCGGGGACUCUUACUGCAAUUAGGGACUGGUUUAGAGACUACAAAAUUCCUGAUGGGAAACCUGCAAACAAGUUUGGUCUUGGCAAUGAGCCAGCUAACAAGGAUUAUGCCCUCAAGGUAAUCACUGAAACCAACGAGUCCUGGGCUAAACUUGUGAAAAGAUCUAUACAUGCUGGUGAACUUUCCCUUGUGUAA